CGAGCUGGCCCGGCCCCCGUGGGCGCGCGGCGCCCGCGCUGAGCCAUGAGCGUGCCGCGAGCCGCCUGGGCCGAGGGCGGCCGGGAGCUGGCGGCGGCGGAGCCCGCGCUGCUGGCGCCGGACGCGGGCGGCUGCGGCUUCGCCCCCGGCUGGCUGGGCGUCUGUUGCGCCGCCCGCCUGCCCGCCGCUUCUCCGCGCUACCUGCUGCCGGGGGACGAGGAGGAGGAGGCGGCGGCGGCGGUGCAUGGGAGCGCGGCGCAGGGCGGCGGGAGCAGCCCCGGUGGGGCGCAGAGGGGCACGGUGGGCGGCGGGCGGCCGCGGGGCGGCGGCGGCGGAUCCGGACUGCGGGCGCAGGUGAGCGGCGUGCAGAAGCAGCGGCGGCUGGCUGCCAACGCGCGGGAGCGGCGGCGGAUGCACGGGCUGAACCACGCCUUCGACCAGCUGCGCAAUGUCAUUCCCUCCUUCAACAACGACAAGAAGCUCUCCAAGUACGAGACGCUGCAGAUGGCGCAGAUCUACAUCAGCGCCCUGGCCGAGCUGCUGCACAGCCCCGCCGCGCCUCCUGACACCCCGAGCAAGGCCGAGCUCCGCGGGGUUCCCUUCGAGCCGCCCUGCGCCGCCGGGACAGGGCCGCCGCCGGGACCGCCGGCGCCGCAGCCGGGGCCUCCGAGAGCCUCGCCCCCCGGGCAUGGCAGGACUCGCUUCGCCCCGCCGGCGGCCGCGGGGGCCUACUCGGUGCAACUCGACCCGCUGCACUUCUCCUCCUUUGCGGAGGGCGCCCUGAUGGGACAGAGAGCCCCUUCUCCUGCCCUUCUCAUGUCGCAGCCCGGGCAGCCGCCGCAGGAGCGGAGAAAAACGUCGCCCCGAUCCCACAGGAGCGACGGAGAGUUCUCGCCUCGCUCCCACUACAGCGACUCGGACGAGGCCACCUAGGGUGGGGGCGCCGUCCCCGGCAUGCCCGGGGCCGCCCUUCGGAACACAGACUCUGCUGUAGCGUGAGCGGUCGGCCGGAUGGCAUCGGCGCUCCCCUAGUCGCCUUGAAACCCGCCCCCUCUACUCCCACCCGCGGUUUGUCCAGGGGAAUGGCUGUUAGCGGGUGGCUGUGCCCGCCCUAACUGUCAGGGUUGGUUAUUGUUUUGGUUUGGUUGGUUGAUUUUUUUGGUUUUCAUUUUUAGUUAUCACUUCAAAAGUUUCUAAUGCCUAGGAGUUGCCGUUCCCUCCUGCCAACACGCCACCUUGCAGCCGGAGCCUGCCUUGCGCCGACGGCAAGCAGGUGAUGCACAGGUAGAAGGUCUGGUCCCACCGCUGCAGCCGCCGCCGGUUGCUGCCCGGCGGGCGGGGGUCCCGCCGGCGCUCUCCCCACCCGGUGCGCACCCGCGCUGACGUCCGCGUCUUCCAGGACACGGGAUCGUGCCCUGGGGCAUACUACUGUGGAAACACGCAUACAGUCGCACACACACACACACAGUAAAUAACGCACCGCGUUGUCCUGUAAAUAGGGGAGAAAAGGGAUUUUUCCUUAGCGCACCAUGCCGGCGUCUUUUGGGGGAAACUUGGCGCAAGCACUUUAUCAGCGGCUGGAGAUGCGGUUUCCAGAGGAAAGCUACUAACUAACUGCCAAUCGAAGAGUAAAAUUUACUUAAGCCACUUAAUUCUAACGCUCUCCCGAAAACGAAAACAGCUUUGUUGUGUCAAACUUUUAUGUUCGUUUUAUUUCGCUUUUGUGGUAAUAGGAAACGUAUUUAUUAUGGAGUGUUUGCUACUAUUUCUGUUUCUCUUUUUUUACAAGAAAAAAAAAAAAAAAGCCCAACUUUUCUACGA